AUGUCGAAGCCGAAAAAAGCACGGUUAGAGGAUGGAAAUGUGAGUUUUUUUUUUUGAAAAUUUUGAAGAAAACGGAAGUUUUCAGGUUUCCCUUGAAGAAAAUGCACCAAAAACAACUGGCUGGUUCGACAUCCCGUAUGAAAUGAGGAAAAUUGUGAUAGAUGAAAUGGACACGAAAACUCGCUGUAGAUUCACAAUUUGUUCAAAUAAAUGUGAAGAAGAGGCAAAAAUGUCGAAGAAAUACUUGCAGAGUUUGAAAAUUGGUCGAGGAAUUCAUCCGGAAUUAUAUAUUGGUCAUGAUGCAUCUGGUUAUCAUUAUUGCUUGGAAUUUAUAGAUAUUAGCGAUUUAACUGAAGUCAAAUCUUUUGUUGUUUAUAAAACGUGAGUUCUAUUCAUAUGUAUUUAUGAUAAAUAUCGAAUUUCUUGUUUAUAGAACCCAAUACGAUGAAAAUUCUUAUUCUGAUAAAACAGUGAUGAAAUGGAUGAAAAUCAUUGAAAAUGAGAAAGCUGAAGAUGUUCGAAUGCGAUAUUUGAAUGAAAUUUUGGAAAAAUAUCAGAAAACUAUUGUAUCUUUUGCAUUGGAAGAUGAAGAUUUUCCAAAAAGAGGUUUUAAUUUGAAAAUGUUGGAAAAUCUAAGCGACAUCGAAGAUAAAACGGACAAAGAUCUUGUUGGAAAUGGAUUAUUCGAUGCCUCACAAAUUAUUGGAUGUUGGCAAUUGAGAGCUGAAAAUACCAAGCUGACUUAUCAACAAGUUCUUGAACUUGAUCCAUGGUUUGGUACAAUUCGCUGUGAUGAAUUCAAUCAAUCUAAACUAUUGGAAUAUAUCGAUUUGUUUCGACAAGGCAAAAUUCGACAAUCAUUGGGAGUUCUUACGGUUUAUACAAGAAAUUUGAGCGAUCGAAUUGAUAUUGAUGAAAUUGCGGAAUUCGUGGGUUGCACAGAUGUUGACAUUGAACAUUUCGGGUAUUUUUUUCUCGAUUUUCUUCAGAAGACCCGUCAUGUUUUUUCAGAUGGACACAGUUUUUCGUCAGAAUGAAUCUUGCCAAUCGAAAAGUUCUUGUUGAAUUCAAUUUCUAUCACGAUCAUUUUUCAAUCGAUCCCUAUCCAUAA